AUGCCGCUGUUGAAUAGACACGGCGUACACAUCUAUUACGAAGUCUACGGUAGUCCCGGCGCAAGACCUCUGAUCCUCACACAUGGCUACUCUUCCACAUCAGCGAUGUGGCACGGCCAAGUAGAGGCAUUGUCCAAGGAUUUGAGAUUAAUAAUCUGGGACAUGCGAGGUCAUGGCCAGAGCGACUACCCAUCCGACCCGCAAGCCUAUAGCGAAGCGCACACCGUCGCGGACAUGGGCGCCAUCCUCGAUGAAACCGUCGGAGCUGGAACCAAAGCCAUAGUUGGAGGUCUCAGUCUCGGAGGCUAUAUGUCGAUGGCUUUCUACCUCAUGCAUCCCGAGCGUGUCGGCGCAUUGCUCAUCAUCGAUACCGGCCCGGGUUUCAAGUCCGAUGCUGCGCGAGAUUCGUGGAACGAGUCUGCUCAUAAGACAGCUUCGCAAUUCGAGACUCAAGGGCUUGAGAUCUUGCUGCAGCAGAGUCCGGAGCGCAGUCGGGUCGCUCAUCGUAAUGCUAAAGGAUUGGCGCUUGCUGCGAAAGGCAUGUUGGCGCAGAGGGAUGCGAGAGUGAUUGACUCUUUGAGCGGUAUUAGAGUGCCGAGUCUGAUCGUCGUUGGCGCGGAUGAUAAACCAUUCCUGGCAGCGAGCGAGUAUAUGACGAAGAAGAUACCUGGUGCUGAGAAAGUGGUUGUGCCGAAUGCUGGUCAUGCUGUGAAUAUUGACCAGCCGGAUGCUUUUCUAGAAGCUAUCGCAACAUUUCUGAGACGAGUUGGAGAUGGAAAGGCGCUCUUGUAG